CACACACACAACGCACAUAUUGCCCAUCCAUAUUUCAUUGACUCUUCUGUUUUCCUUCUUAUGUACUACUCCUACCUACUAGUUUGGUUUGCACUUGCAGCAGUAGGAAGUAGUAUUUGCGUAUUCAGAAGAAGGUAGAAUUGGCGGUGUUUUGUACGUGUAUCGUCCCUCAAAUUUGGCUCUGCCUUCAGGUUUGGAAAAUUGAAUUUGUCUGCUCUAGUCACUCUAGACUCCAAAUUCAUCAAGUUAGUAGGGAGUAGUAUAUUAGUGUUAGUAUUUACUUUAUUUUAUUUAAAGAGUAGAUUACUGCCCCCAAAUCACCAGCUCUACCACUCCUAUUAGUAUAAUCCUACUCCUAAAUAACAAGGCAAGACAGUCACUCUCUAGUCUAGUUAAAUGCUGCUCACCCUCUUCGUUUCGGCGACCAAACUCGCCGGAUUGUUAGUCACUGUUACCGUGGCUGCCAACGCCGUCUCUUAUCGUCGCUUCCGUAAUAAGAACCUCAUGCCUAUCCCUUCUCCCAUCGACGAAGCCUCCGACAUCCUUGCCGUCUUCAACAUCAACCCCUCCUCCUCCUCCUCUGAUGAUGAUCACGAAGGUGAGAAAGGAUUCUUUUUCGGGUUGGCAACAGCACCGGCACAUGUUGAAGACAGACUUAAUGAUGCUUGGCUUGAGUUUGCAGAGAAAAGUCCUUGUGACAAGUUAGAACCUCAGCAUGACCCCCUGCCAGCUGAUGUGCUAGUUGGUUCUGCUUCCAGUGAUGGGGGAUCUCAGCCAGCUUCCUUACCUCCUAAAGAAGCUAAUAGGACCAUAAAGAGAAAGAAGCCACUUAAGAUAGCUAUGGAAGCAAAACUUAGAGGAUUUGAGAAGUAUGAAGAAUUUGAAGAACCUGUAACCCCUGAAGAAUGCCAUCAUAACGUUGCUGCCUGGCACAAUGUCCCAAACCCGGAAGAAAGAUUGAGGUUUUGGUCUGAUCCUGAUACAGAAUUGAAAUUAGCUAAGGAUACUGGUGUACAAGUGUUUCGCAUGGGAAUAGAUUGGACAAGGAUUAUGCCGGAGGAGCCAGUGACUGGACUCAAAGAAACUGUCAACUACGCAGCAUUGGAACGAUAUAGAUGGAUCAUCAAUAGAGUUCGGUCAUAUGGGAUGAAAGUGAUGCUAACAUUGUUUCACCACUCCUUGCCACCAUGGGCAGGAGACUAUGGCGGGUGGAAGCUAGAAAAGACUGUAGACCAUUUCCUGCAAUUUACGAGGCUUGUUGUUGACAGUGUUUCGGAUAUUGUGGACUACUGGGUAACAUUUAACGAGCCGCACGUCUUUUGUAUGCUGACUUAUUGUGCUGGUGCUUGGCCUGGUGGUAAUCCUGAUAUGCUGGAGGUUGCCACUUCUGCUCUACCCACUGGCGUCUUCAACCAAGCCAUGCAUUGGAUAACCACUGCACAUCUAAAAGCAUACGAUUACAUACAUGAAAAAAGUACAAUAUCAUGUGCAAUUGUUGGAGUGGCACACCACGUCUCAUUUAUGCGUCCAUAUGGCCUAUUUGACAUCCCUGCAGUUAAGGUCGCAAGUUCAUUGACGUUGUUUCCUUUCCUGGAUAGCAUUUGUGACAAGCUGGAUUAUAUAGGGAUAAAUUACUAUGGACAGGAAGUGGUUUCAGGUGCUGGACUGAAGUUGGUUGAAACUGAUGAAUACAGUGAAUCUGGUCGCGGGGUUUAUCCUGACGGGUUAUACCGUGUGCUUGUUCAGUUCCAUGAAAGAUACAAGCAUCUUAAACUACCCUUUGUCAUUACUGAAAAUGGUGUUUCCGAUGAGACUGAUUUGAUCAGACACCCAUACUUGUUAGAACAUCUACUAGCAGUAUAUGCUGCCAUGACCAUGGGUGUUCCCGUCCUUGGUUACCUGUUUUGGACCAUUUCUGACAACUGGGAAUGGGCUGAUGGAUACGGGCCAAAAUUUGGGCUUGUAGCAGUAGAUCGGUCGAACAACCUUAAAAGGAUUCCACGCCCCUCUUAUAAUUUGUUUUCCAGAGUGGUGAAAUCUGGCAAAGUUACACGAGAAGACAGGGAGCGGUCAUGGAAUGGUCUUCAAAUGGCUGCUAAGGAAAAAAAGAAUAGGCCAUUUUAUCGGGCUGUUAACAAACGUGGCUUGAUGUAUGCGGGAGGUCUUGAUCAACCCAUAAGACGGCUUUAUGUUGAGCGAGAUUGGCGAUUUGGGCACUAUGAAAUGGAGGGGCUCCAGGACCCUUUGAGCCGCUUCUCACGAUACAUUCUCCAACCUUUCUACAACAAAAGAAAAGCAAAAUCUCAGGCAGAUAGUGGUGAAUUGGUUCUUGAGCCGCUGAACUUGGUGUCUGCUAGUAAUUUGCUGGAGUUGACAGAAGUCUGGAGUUGUUCCUUCGAGCAUCUACUCUCCAAGAUAUGUCGCCAUUUGAGUUGUCAACUCGGGAACCUUCUAAUCUGAAGCCUCAAUUCCACCUUCAGUACUAUGUUAAACUAGUUAUGUAAAUGCUACUUGUGGUACUUUCAGAACCUGGUAAAAUCGGAGAGAUUCUUUGCUUUUUACCUACUAACUGAGCCUUGGGACUGAUUUAUGCUUAUAAUAGAUCAUUGGCAGGUUAACGAGGAUCUGGGGGGUUUCUGAAUUGUCUAGGGUUUGGCAUCAUCAUAUCUUUUGAUAUCUAGUUGCAUGGGUGUUUGGCGUGUGAUUAAAAAUGUUUGUGGUUCUUGCUGAUAUUUUCUGUUGUUGCAGAUUAAAGUUGCUUGAGCUUCUUUUACAAUGGAAUAGAGACCGAAUCGUAGUCCAUAUUGAAGGCAGUGUGUCCUUCAUCUCUUGGGUUUCGUACCUAAUAAAUAUGGAUUAUGUCCAUUGUGAGUCUAAACAAAGCAAAGCAGAUUCGAGAUCUUAUAACACACGACUGCCCCCCUCGCCGCUUAUGUCUCAAAGAUUGAUUCGAGAUUCCGGUGUUGUAGCAUAAAGCAUAGAAAGCACGCUAUCAGGUAUGGGGAUGAAAUGCUGUUUAAGCAAAUAGAGAUUAUUUUACAAGCUUGGCACUAUUUUGUUAUGAUAACUACUUUUAUGAUAUUUAAUGUUGAUUCUUCUAUAAAAUGCCAUUUCUAUGUUAUGUGGAUAAUUUAACCC